AUGAUAAGAGGAUUUAAAAAGAAAAAAUCUAACAAGAUUAAAUCCUUUUUUAAAGGACUUAGUUUAUCUAAAAACUUCGAUAUUGACUAUGAUGAAGAAUUACAUAAUCACAUUCCAAAUAAUGAUUUAAAACUUAAAACACUAAAACUUUGUCCUAAAUCAACACAAACUGAUUUUAAAAAGUUAAGUAAUAAUAGUUCCCAAACUAAAUGGGAAUCCAAUGUUAGGCUCUCAGAAUAUGAUGUUGAAUACUUUAAACAAUUAGUUGAUAAUAAUUUGAAAAUACACCAAAGGGAUAUUUUAAUUGAAAAUAGAAGAUUAGCUAUUACUCGAGUCGUUUAUAUUAUUUUAUUAAAAAUUAGCUUUAAUUUUAAUUAUUUCAUUUCCAAAUGUGAAUUUACACAUUUAAAACAACAACUUUAUAAUAAUUUUAUAAUAACUUUGUCGAGAAUUUUAACUUACAAUAUUUUAAACAACUUGAGUUUUAGAUUUUCCAUAAAUUAUUUGAAAUUCAACAUUCACUCAAAUAAUCUUAAUUCUCAUAUUAAAAACAAAUUACCAACUUCAAACUCUCAAACAAAUUCAACAAUUUGUAACCCUUUUAAUGAAUGUUCAUUUUAUUGUACAUACUUUUGCAAAACAUUACAAAACUUGAUAUUUUGUACCAAGUUCAGAUAUUUUAAUGAAAUAUAUAGAAAUUCAAUUAGAAGAAAGUAUUCCAUGAAAUUAAAAAGUUUGAAAGAAGUGGAUAAACACUUGCACAUAAAUGUUACUGGAGGAGGCUGCUCAGGGUUCCAGUAUCAUUUCAAUAUAUUGAAUGGGUUGGAUAAUAAUACCGUAUUAAUAUAUGAUAAUGACAUUAAAAUAUUUAGUAAUAAAGAGUCAAUAGAGCUCAUUAAGUCGUGUACAUUAGAUUUCCAGGAGGAACUAAUUGGGUCGAAAUUUACGUUGGACAUACCAAAUUCGACGAGAAAGUGCUCUUGUGGAAACUCGUUUGAAAUUGAAUAG